AUGCUCAAGGAAACUUAUCCGAAUUUCAACCUUGAGGACAAGGUUGUCGUGGAAGAACAGAGUAAUGAUACGGGUUCAGAGCCCCCUUCAAACCAAAAUUAUGCUAUUGGGCCUGAUGAGGUGAACUUGAACAAGAUGAAUAAGACGAAAACUCUUUCACUUUUCACUGGCUCCAAUGAACUUGAAGGAGAAAGAAGUAUUGAAGCAAGCUCUUUUAUUCCGGAGUCAUAUCCGCCAUGUGAUACUGUCGAGAAUCGAGAUUUUGAAGCAAGCUCUUUUCAACAACAAAGUGAGUUACAACUUACAAGGUGA